CUGCAGACCUUUGCUCCAAGCUCCAGCCUAGUGUGCUCUGGACCCUGGCACUUUCCUCUCGCUUUCAUUCACCACCUGCCCUUCCUGAAGCCACUGACAUGUGUACGGGAAAGUGUGCGCGGUGCCUGGGGCUCUCCCUCAUCCCUCUCUCCCUGAUCUGCAUCGUGGCCAAUGCCCUCCUGCUGGUUCCUGAUGGGAAGACCACCUGGACCAACAGCAACCUCAGCUUGCAAGUCUGGCUUAUGGGUGGCUUCGUUGGAGGAGGCCUGAUGGUGCUGUGUCCGGGAAUUGCAGCAGUCCGGGCAGGAGGCAAGGGCUGCUGCGGUGCAGGUUGCUGUGGGAAUCGCUGCAGGAUGCUUCGCUCUGUCUUCUCCUCUGCCUUUGGGAUGCUUGGCGCCAUCUACUGCCUCUCAGUGUCGGGAGCCGGGCUCCGAGUGGGACCCAAAUGCUUAAUAAACAACCAGUGGGACUAUCACUUCCAGGAAACCCAAGGCUCUUACUUGCACAAUAAAACUCUAUGGGAUUUAUGUGAGGCGCCACCUCACGUGGUGCCCUGGAACGUGACGCUCUUCUCUCUGCUGGUGGUCGCCUCAAGCCUGGAAACAGUGCUGUGUGGAAUACAGCUGGUGAAUGCGACCAUUGGCGUAUUGUGUGGCGAUUGUCAGAAAAAGGGCUCGGCUCACUGAGUUCCAUGGGUCACCCAUAAUACCUCAUUUCUGGAAGUCUGAGUGGACCACCCACUCCCUGCUUAGCUUUUAUUGUUCAGUCUUUUCCUUUGUGGUAUAAACCGCGCUGAGCACCCUGCCCCAGUUUAUCCUUUGGAAGGACUGUACGCGGGCCUUCAGACAUAUCUAGGCUUGUGCCUCUAUUUGUACCCCCAGCCCCAGCUAGUUAUUUUCCUAACAAAUAGGUAUUGUUCUGGAAAUAAAAUUCUGUGCUCUCAA